UAGAUAUGUUGAUACUAAUAUAUGGUCGUUUUGUCUCUUUUCAGAGGCAGAGGUAUUGAGGUGGUUGAGAUAGACCUGAGUCAGCCGAUGGAGUCUCAGGGCCCGUUCGACAUUAUCGUACACAAACUGUCUGAUGUGAUUGUUGAGGCAGAACAUGACAGCCGAUCUCAGCAGCUCCUGGACAACUUUCAGACUUACGUGUCCACACACCCCCACACUGUCCUGUUGGAUCCGCUGCCAGCCAUGAGACAGUUACUGGACCGCUUCGCCUCAUAUCGCAUCAUCAGCAAACUACAGAACACACUGCAAGGAAAGAGUAUUUGCUGCCCACCGUAUCUAGAAAUUAACACAGACAACAUGUCCAUCAUCCAGGAAGCAGUGGACAGGAAGCAGCUCACAUACCCUUUAAUCUGUAAAACCAGGGUGGCCCACGGAUCCCGUUCACAUGAGAUGUCACUAAUCUUUAGUCACGCCGGUCUGAGAGACGUUCGUCCUCCUUGUGUCCUCCAGAGUUUUGUGAAUCACGGUGCCGUGCUGCACAAAGUGUUUGUGGUGGGCGAGCAGCACUUCACUGUGGAACGACCAUCGCUCAAGAACUUCCCCACUGGACCCUAUGACAGGAAAACAGUCUUCUUUAACAGCCAUGAGGUGUCGAAACCCGAGUCCUGUUCCCGUCUAACUGCACUGGACGAGACGACGCCUCGAGUCCCGGCCCCAAGUGAUGACGUCAUGGCUGUCAUGGUGAAAGAGCUGAGGGCGGAGCUUGGGAUGGCUUUGUUUGGAGUGGAUGUCAUCAUGAACAUAGACACACACAGACUGACCAUCAUUGAUAUUAACAUCUUCCCUAGCUAUGAGGGCGUUCCUCAAUUCUUCUCCUCUCUCCUCAGUCACAUUGAAUGUCUGCUGAACACGAGACAUGACACCAAACUCAGACUUUCUCAAACUACCAGCAACACUCCGUAAUGCUUAUCACUUAGCUGGUGUAAUAUACUCCAUGGUGUAAUAGACUCCAGGUUAAAACUAUUUAUAUAUCUUGAAUAUA